CUACAGUUCCCAGUGUUCUCUGCGGCACCUUCUCUAGUUUGCCGUACGGUAAUGGUGUUAUUUAUUUAUUUAUUUUUUUCGUUGAAAGACAGACAUUAUAGUGACGUCUGGCGACUUUUUAACUUGUUCAUGCUAUUUUUUCUUCCAACUAUGCAACUACUGCUUCUGGGAAGUUUCUGAACCUAUUUCCAGGUGUUAUGAAUGACUAUGAGGUUAUCCGGCAGAUCGGAGAAGGUGCGUUUGGAACAGCCUUACUCGUCAGAGACAAAAGGGGAGAUGGAGAUGGGCACUGUGUGGUGAAACAGAUCAGCUUCAGGAGGAUGUCAGCGAAAGAGAAAGAAGCCUCUAAAAAAGAAGUGAUUGUGCUGUCACAGAUGAAACACCCGAACAUCGUUUCUUUCAUCGCUACAUUUCAAGAGAAGGGCAGCAUGUAUAUAGUGAUGGAGUUCUGUGAUGGAGGAGAUCUGCUAAGGAAGAUCAAAAUGCAGCGAGGAAUUCCCUUCUCGGAGGAGCAGAUUGUGGACUGGUUCAUUCAGAUCUGCCUGGGCCUCAAACACAUCCACGACAGGAAGAUUCUUCACAGAGACAUCAAAUCUCAGAAUAUCUUCCUAACCAACGCAGGGAUGAAAGUAAAGCUGGGGGACUUUGGAAUCGCAAGAAUUUUGAAUAACACCCUGGAGAUGGCCAGGACCUGUGUUGGGACACCAUACUACCUCUCACCAGAGAUCUGUGAGAGUCGGCCCUACAACAAUAAAACAGAUAUCUGGUCUCUGGGUUGUGUCCUCUAUGAGCUCUGCAGCCUGAGGCAUCCAUUUGAGGGCAGCAGCCUGAGGCAGCUGGUCAGUAAAAUCUGCAGGGGCCACUACACACCUGUAUCCGGCCACUACUCCCAUGAGCUUCGUCUGCUGGUUACCCGGCUCUUCAAGGUCAACCCCCGUGACCGUCCAUCAGUGAGCUCAGUCCUCCAACAGCCCUUCUUGGAAAAACACGUCAGCAAACACCUCAACACUCAGGAGGAGUUUAACCAUAUGGCAGCUUCACAUCGGCACAGAGCAGCAGCUGCAUCGGAAGCUGCUAAAACGAGAACAAGAGCAGCAAACCCAGCCGGGAAGAUGCAGAUAGCCAGAGGAACAGAGAGGCCCGGGGCAGCAGGCAGGAAGCCAUUUGUUAAGCUGGACCAUGGAUUGCCAUUCAGGGUGAAUGCUCCUCCUUUCCACAAACCUCUUCAUCAAAAAGCAGCCAAAGCAGCUCCAGACAGAGGGUGUGCAGGGAUUCAGAUCUACAGGUUCAAUGGUAGGCCACCGGAAAACCAUUACCAGCUCUAUCAUGCCCAACUGGAUGUCAUUCAGAGGAGGAAUAAGGACAGUCCUGCUUGUGCUCCAUCUUUAGCUCCUCACCCUGCUCCUGUGCCACAGGACCGAAUCAUGGACAUUAAGCUGCAGUAUGAGGAACAAGAUGGUUCACCUAUGGAACCAUACCAGCUUGUGGCUGCAGCUCGUAACGAAUACCUGCAGAGAAAACAGGAGGCCAACCAGUACAAACUGAGAGCAGAAAAACAACUGGGUUUGCGCCCAUGUACAGCUGAGAGUAACAGCAAACUAGGUGGCCAGGAGCAGGAAGUGGGACGACCUGAAAACCAACACUUUCCUGAGGACAGAAAAUAUGAGGGACAGCAGGAGUAUCUUCGUCAGCUGGAUCUCAUCAGGCAACAGUAUCAUCAGGAUAUGAGACAGAUGAGACAGAAAGCCGAAUUGGUGCCACAAGAUAAACAAGGAACCUUUGUAGUGGAAAAAGCACGAGACCUGGAACCCUCCUCAGAAACACCGGCUCAGGACGUGGAAACAGCUCUGAGACAGAUCAGAGAUGAGAACAAGGAUGAUUUGAAGAAGAAACACAAAGAUAAGAAGGGAAUCAUGUUUGAAAUCCGGUUGGAUGAAGAAGAGACAAAAGACACCACAGAGGAGCAGAAAGAGGAGAGGGAAAUUGAAGAGGAGCAGGAAGUGGACCCUCUCAAUCGUACUCUAAGCUUCCGGGAAGGGGAGGAGUUAAAGCUCAAAGACUGGUCAAAGGAGAGAAAAGGUUGGAGCCAAAGGACCCCUCAGACUCUGCUGGAUGCCCUCGCCAACAUGGACAUCAACUCUGUUUAUAACACAGUAGCUGAUCCUGAAGAAGCCUUCUCAGCAGGUCGCAGACGGUGGACCAGUGUUCCUCCUAACUCCCUGCUGAACGCUCUGGAUCAGGCUGAACUCACAUCAUCAACUCUGGACCCAGUCAGCACAGAUCUAGGGACUGUGGAAGAUGAGGAGGAAAAAGAGGACUCGGAUGUGGAGAUGGAUGAAGAGCGUCUGGAACCAAGGUCUGACGAUGAUGACACGAAUUUUGAGGAGUCAGAGGACGAGCUGAGAGAGGCUGUGGCAGACUCCAUGAGGAACCUUUACGUCAUGGAGGACUCCAGCUCAGAAGAAAACAUGCAGGAGAUGCUUGAGGAAGAAACAGAGAGUAAGAAUGGCAGGGGAAUGAGCUCUUCAGAUUGUCAGCAGGUCCCACCAGAGGUCAGCGGUUCAGAGUAUAAAGGCUCACCAGGAUCUGUAGAGGAUGUUUCCUGUAAAUCUGAACAACAUCCAGAGAGUCCGUGUGAGUCCCAGACAGACAUGAACGUCGCUGUAAAUAAGCAUCAGGCUACCUGAGUCCUUAUUUCAGGGAUACACAGAAAUGAUUUAACUUUGUGUUAACAUAGGGAUUACUGUGAAUGAACUGCCUUAAAACAUGUCAAGGAGGUGAAAGUGUUCACUUUGACUAUGCUCUGAAGUUUUUCUGGGGAGUGUUGUUAUAGCAGCAGUCCACAGUAGUAUGACCCAUUUCUUUAGAUAUAUCCAUCUUAUGAUAAAUCUGGAGUAAAAGAGUUAGCAAACAUGAUUAGAUUUAUAAAAUAAAUAUCAAUUUAAUUUCAAGAAUUUACAAUCUUCAUCAUUUAACUAAAAUCAUUUUUGUAUUACUACCUGCAUUCUCACAUUAAUGCCAUUUAGUUUUCCACCAACACCUCUGAAAUUUCCAUAGUGGGAAGAAUAAUUUCCUGGUAUGUUGGUUUCUUCAGUCAAACCAAAGUUAAAUGGAGGUCAAGUAAGAGACUGACUUGUUACCAGUUGAUCCGUUACUGCUGCAAUGCUAUAUUUGCCACUAACAGCACAUGGACUUUAUUAAUGCGCUUGUAGUGGAGUGAACUAUACAUCUAAACUUCUACAGCACUUUUUAAAUUAAUUUUGACAACAAAUAUUGUUCACAAGAAAUUCAUGCUCACCUUUUAAUGAAAUAUAUUAAACUUUUUAAUAGUUUCAUUAUACAAAAUUAUAAUUCCAAAGCAGAAAAUAUGAUUAUAAUUAUUAUUAGCAUUCAUUGAUAGGCAUGCAUCAUCACUCCCAUUCCUUCCAACAACAUCCAAUAACUUUAUGCUAGCAAGUUGUUCAAAGGUUCUCCUAAACAGCAGCAGUGAAUGGAAGCAUCCAAAAGUCUCACUUAUCAUCACAUAAUCAGUCCAAGUUUUAUUCCUGAUGGUUUAACUGCUGGUAGUUUUCCAGCAAUAUGUUGAAAAGUCUCUUCAAGCUAAUGCUACAAAUGUGGAGAUAAACAGUGAAGUUAAAAUACUGCUAUAUCUGCCAUUCAUUUAGCUCAGACACUGAGGAAAAACAAGUCAGAGCUGCAGCUAAUUAUUGUGGGUAACAUGCCAGAGGAGUGUUUGCAGAGAGCAGUUGACUUAUUUAUGAAAGACAUCCGUGGACUUGAGCAGAAGCUUUGUACUAAAAUAUAAACUGCUGCAAAACAACAAAUUAUCUUACAUAGGAAGAUGUGCUUACAAGCACCCGCUCUCACCUUGAUAGUCUGGCUGUUUACUGCCUGCUUGACCUGUUGUAGCUGUGGCUUCAUACUGCUUUGAAAAAAGGGGACUGUUUUUGGUUGGCAAAGAUAAAUGCCCUGUUAUUUUCAGAAAUCUCACCCACUCUUCUUGCUCAGCAGGAUGUUUGGUGAAAGUAAGAGUGCUCACUCCAUUGUUUUCUGUGUUGACAAUACGCGGAACACAUCCCUUUGACAUACUUUGCCCAGGAAAGCAAUCUGUUUUAAACUGCAGUUCAAAAUGCAACAACAUGCUUAUUCAAGAGUGCUUUCCCAUUAAAGACUAUUUUUAAUUUAAAACAUUUUGCUUUAAAAGUACUCAUCAGUUUUUUAAAACAAUAGGAACAUGUUGUGAUUUAUUUUUUGUUUCAUGCUUUCAAAAUUCUUAAAUUUUCCCCUCCCUCGUUGCUUGAAACAGUACAGAUGAAUGGCUGUAAAGUAUAUUUAAGAUGAACUGUUAAUGAACAUUAACCAUGUUACAAUGCACACUCCUUCAUGGGGCUAGACUUGUUUCUUGUCACCAGUUACUGUUUUAAAAAGUGAACUGCCUGCUGUAUCAAAUGGCUGCUUGUCUCAGAUCAUUUCUACUGCUGUGGGUUUUCUAUAUUUUGUUUUGUUGAAAAACAUGAAGUGUCUGUCAGCGUGUUUCCAGUAAUAAAACUGUACUAAUAUA